AUGAUUGAUCCACGUUACGCCAAUGCUGGCGGUAUUCCACUUGCGCCUGGAGGAUAUGGUGCGCAACAAGUACCUGCUCAAUAUCAUCAUCAUCGUCAUCAUCGUCAUCACAAACAUAAAGUCCGAAAUGAUGCAUCACCAAUAAGCCUUGAUGAAUCAAUACAUAAAGUAGAACAUGGUCAUCGUCAUCAUCAUAAUCAUCAUCAUCAUUUUCAACCAAAUGAUGGUGUACCAGUUGGCGGUGGUUAUGGUGUACCAUAUGGUGCUGCAGGAGGUUAUCAUCAGCCACAACAACAACAACAACAACAACAACCACAAUUUGUUGGUAAUAAUUAUGCUUAUGGAAAUCACUUUCAAGGUGCUGCUUAUGGUGUUGGUGGUGGUGGUGGUCAAGGUCCAUUUGGCGUUGGUCCUGCUGGUCAGUUAGUAAAACGUCGUCGUCGUCAUCAUCGACAUCAUCGUCAUCAUACUGCUGAUGGAGGAAAUCCAGUACCUGGUCUUGAACUUGAACAAGCAGUACCUGAACAGUUAAUCGGUCAACGUUCAUCAAGUGUACUGGGUGAUGAAGGACAAAAUAUACGUUCACCAGUACCUACAAACGAUGAUAAGGCUAGUGAGGGUCAAAUUAUACAUCAUCGUCGACAUCGUCGUCAUCAUCAUCAUCAUAAUAAUCACAACAAUAAUAAUAGUGAACAAGCUGGCUUUGGACAUUCAUCACAUCAAUCACGUCACGGCUAUGGUAAUACUUCGGUUGGAGCUGAUGGCUAUGGUCAUAUCAAUGAAGAUUUAAUCUUUAUUGAACGUGGUGACCAUAGUCCACAUCGACAAGAACCACCACCAGGCUAUGAAUACAAGGGCAAAAUCGAAGUUCAAGGCAUCAAUAAAGAAGCUCGCUCAGCAUCUCGUGGUGCAAGCUCAAAUGCACAACCAUGUAUGCCUGUACAUCAACCUGCCCAACAACCUAGUUCAGGACCUUGUCCACCUGGCUGGCAACAAAUGAUUUUGUCGCCUGCUCCUGGUGGUCCAUGUCCAACAGGUGGAUUACCAUAUACUGGACAACUUCUUGGAACAGGAGGUUAUCAAGCAAGUUCAGGUGGUUAUGGUAGUGCAUAUGGAACAACUAGUUCAGGUGGUGCAUAUAGUAAUUAUGGAACAAAUCCAGCAGCAGGUUAUUCAUCACAAUGUCAAAUUGUUGCAGAUUAUAUAUUUGGACCAAAUAGUGGCGGUAGUACAAGUGGUGGAUAUCAACAAGUUAGUGGUAGUGGUUGUGGAGACUAUCAAAAUCAACAAGCAUUAGAACAUGUUACUGCUCGACCAACAAUUAUUGAAGUUUGGCAAAAACGAAAUAAAUCUGAAACACGCGAACGAUCACGUUCCAGAUCUCAUCAUCGUUCACGAACACCAGCAGAAGGUCCAGGAUUUGAUUUUGAUCGAUUCCGUGAUGAAAUUCUUGCUGCUAUCGAACGUAUAGUACCACGUGGAGGACAAGCACCUGAUAUUCAAUGGGUUGGACGUGAUGGCGGUACACAAACUCAGAUACAUCCAGGUGAAUCUAAAGUAGAAGAAAGAAGACCAUCUGGUUCUGGCGAAGUUCGAGUUAUCGUACAACCAAUUCAACCCGUCUUUUACAUGCCUCGACAAACUGGUGGAACACCAACACCUCAAAUUGGUCCUGCUCCUGUUCAACAAGCACCAGCAGGUGCACCUCAUGUUGUGUAUGUUCCACGUAAUGUUUACGUACCAGUUAUUAAACCUGUUUUUGUACCACGUGAACGUGUUAUUGUACGUCCACAAGUAAUACAUGUAGCUCGACCUGUACUUGUUGAUCGACCUGUACCCGUUAC